CUCCUCGCCACUCGCCGCUGGUGGCCGCAGGCGCCCUGCGCUGCCGCCGUCUCCGGGCCGAGCUGCACCCGGAGCCGCGACUGUAUUGAGAACGUGUGAAUGUCCGCGUGGACCAGGGCCGCGCGGGCCCCGCGCCUCCUCCGGCUGGCUCCCGCGUUCUGCUGUGUAUGUUCGCUUCUUGUCACUGUGCGCCGAGAGGCAGAAGGACUAUGAAAAUGAUUCACUUUCGGAGCUCCAGUAUCAAAUCGCUCAACCAGGAGAUGAAAUGCACCAUUCGACUGCUGGACGACUCGGAGGUCUCCUGCCGUAUCCAGAGGGAAACCAAAGGGCAGUUUCUCAUUGAAUACAUCUGCAACUACUAUAGUUUGUUGGAGAAGGACUACUUUGGAAUUCGCUAUGUGGACCCAGAGAAGCAAAGGCACUGGCUUGAGCCUAACAAGUCCAUCUUCAAGCAAAUGAAAUCUCAUCCACCAUACACCAUGUGCUUUAGAGUGAAAUUCUACCCACAUGAACCCUUGAAGAUUAAAGAAGAGCUCACAAGGUACCUUUUAUAUUUGCAAAUUAAAAGAGAUAUUUUUCAUGGUCGACUGCUCUGUUCCUUUACUGAUGCUGCCUAUCUGGGUGCUUGUAUCGUUCAAGCUGAGUUUGGUGAUUACUAUCCUGAUGAGCAUCCUGAGAAUUAUAUCAGUGAAUUUGAGAUUUUUCCCAAGCAGUCACAGAAGUUAGAGAGAAAAAUCAUGGAAAUUCAUAACAAUGAACUCAGAGGUCAAAGCCCAGCAAUGGCUGAAUUCAACUUACUCUUGAAAGCUCAUACAUUGGAAACUUAUGGUGUGGAUCCUCACCCAUGCAAGGAUUCAAGAGGUGCUACAGCAUUUUUAGGAUUCACUGCUGCGGGUUUUGUUGUAUUCCAGGGAAAUAAAAGAAUUCAUUUGAGAAAAUGGUCAGAUGUCUGCAAAUUGAAGUUUGAAGGGAAGACAUUUUACGUGAUUGGCUCCCAGAAAGAGAAAAACGCUGUUUUGGCAUUCCAUACUUCAACACCAGCUGCCUGCAAACAUUUAUGGAAAUGUGGGGUAGAAAACCAAGCCUUUUAUAAGUAUGCAAAGUCCAGUCAAAUCAAGACUGUGUCAAGCAGCAAGAUAUUUUUUAAAGGAAGUAGAUUUCGAUACAGUGGUAAAGUUGCUAAAGAGGUGGUAGAGGCAAGCUCCAAAAUCCAGAGGGAUCCUCCUGAGGUGCACAGAGUCAACAUUACUCAGAGUCGCAGCUUUCACUCCCUGAACAAACAGCUCAUCAUCAACAUGGAACCUUUGCAACCCCUGCUUCCUUCCCCCACUGAACAGGAAGAAGAAGUUCCUAUGGGUGAAGGUACCCCCUUGCCUAAAAUGGAUGUGUCUGAGUCCCUAAUUUCCAGUUCACCAGUAAAGGGAGCUCAGUGUGCAGAUCCUCCAGAUGAAGAGGAAGAUAGACUGAAAGAAGACCCCUUGACCAUCUCUGAACUAGCAUACAAUCCCAGCGCCAGCCUGCUCCCUACCCCAGUGGAUGAUGAUGAAAUCAACAUGCUCUUUGACUGUCCAUCCAGGCUCGAGUUAGAAAGAGAAGACACGGAUUCAUUUGAGGAACUCGAAGCAGAUGAAAAUGCUUUUCUGAUUGCUGAAGAGGAGGAGCUGAAGGAAGCUCGCCAAGCUUUGUCAUGGAGCUAUUCCAUCCUGACCGGCCGUAUCUGGGUCAAUCCCCUGGUCAAGAGUUUUUCCAGGCUCCUUGUGGUGGGCCUGGGACUGCUGCUGUUUGUAUUUCCCCUGCUCCUCCUCCUUUUGGAGUCAGGUAUUGAUCUCUCCUUCUUAUGCGAAAUCCGUCAGACACCAGAGUUUGAGCAGUUUCACUAUGAAUACUAUUGUCCCCUGAAGGAGUGGGUGGCUGGGAAGGUCAAUAUCUUCCUCUACAUGCUGGGUUGUUCAUAAAAUUCAUAUCUGAUAAGAUGAAGGGCUAUCUAAAAUACUAGUCAUAUCAUUUUCAGUAAAUGCUAGGUUUUGAAUGGCCUUGACUUGUCAAGAGGUAGUCUUAACUCUUGACUUUUUACUCUCUUAACUGCUCAAACCUUGAAAUAAGUUUUCUGUACUUCAUUACUUCAUUGAGUUUAAAUCAAUCAAAAUCAAAUACAAUUCUUUGAGUUAUCCUUCAGAAAGGCAGUCAUGAAGUAAAAAAAAAUCUUUCUUUAUCAUACCAUAAAAAUUUAAUAUAUUGGAUUAGUUUUUCCUCUUUCUUUAUUGUAAACUAUAAUCAAAAUCAGAAUUUUAGUAAAAAUACAAGGGAAAUCUUUUUAAUAUAACCUUUGGGGAAAAUAACGUUCUCUUACUGUUGCCUAUACAUAUAAGUUGAUGCUGAGUUUUUCUUUCGGUUUUUUAAAAAAAAAAUUAUUUUUACGCCUUCUAACUAUUUUGGUAAAUUUUUAGCAAACAAAAUGAAGCUUUCUGGAAUUAUUUAAGUAUAGCUACUGUAAAACUAAUGCACAUGGAAUUUUUUAAUGUUUUGGCACCUGAUUUUUUUAAAGAUACUUUUUGGCUAACUAAUCCAUAAUUUAAUACCUGUAUAUGACUUUGCAAAAAUGAUAGUAAAAAAACUAUAGAAAGUUCUCACAACAGAUGAUUGAACUACAAGAUGUGAGCAUAAAGAACAUUGAGUUGACAUUGUGCGGUCUAGUUUCAAAGUUUUGGAUAUGAUAACCUUAUAAUUUCAUUAGUAUUUUUAGUUUAUCCAUAUAUUUGGACUGGGGAAGCAGAGUGUUCUUAAAAGAAAUUAAAACUGAUUGUAAUAGUAAAAUUGUGAAAAAGAUCAACUAGUUAAUUGUUAUUGUUUACUAAUCAGAGCAAAAGCAAGCAGGAGUUUGGCAAAUAGAAGGUAGCAAGAGCACGUACUUGUGUGUGUGUGUGUGUGUGUGUGUGUGUGUGUGUGUGUGCGCGCAUCAUGUGUGUAUGUGUGCAUUAUGAAUGUGUGCAGGUGGGUGUAAGUCAGAAUGUUUGUGAGAGAGAUAGAAAGACAGAAAAACAGAAAUGGAGAGAGAGAGACAAAGAAUGAUGAUAGAGAGAGAGAGACUAUUUCUUUUAUGGAUUUUUUUAAGUUCUGAACUCUUAUGUAAUUGAGUCUUUUACUGAAACAAUGAAUCAUCAGAUAAUAAACAAAUUCUGUUUAGGUAAAAUCGACAAUGAAAAAUAAAAAGAGACAAAAGAAAUGAUAAAUCCUGAGGUAUAUUCGUUCAUGUCAGUGAAUCCAAGACAGAAAAAUGUCUGGUUAUUUUCCUUGCUGGCCACUUACCAAUACUGCAUUAUAAGUAAGAAACAAAGGAGUUUGAAUGGAGUUUACAACAUGGUUUUUCCUAUGAUGAAAACAUCUAAUUGCCUUUGGUUAUAAACAGAUUGGCCACACAAGUUGAGCACUACAGUCAUAUUUACUGAACACGGCUCUGAGAGUUUUAUUAGACAUUAUUUUGGAAAGUAAACUUUGAAUGCUGACCCUUGGGACUAUGAGUUGAAGGCAUAAUAAUAUAUACUUGAUAUUGCAUUCAGGAUUUACAGUACUUAGAAAGGAAAGCACUUACUUUGGAAGUUUGCUACUGAUCAACAAUUUGAUUGAUAUUUUAAGUUUGAACUUUGAGGUCAUACCCUCUGGCAUGGGUGUACUCAAAUGCAGUUGAUUGAAAUUUGCUCAUCCUUUUAAUUGUCCUUCAUAUUUUCUUUUAAGUACUGAUAACUCAUCUAUCUUCAUCUUUUAAAAAUAAUGUUUACGAUCAGUAAUAUUUUUAAAUUAUGGACAUAGCAAGCAUAUUUAUAUUGUAAAGUAUAAAAUGAAAAUAAGAGAUAUAACAUGUAAUUCGUGCAUGCAGAUUUGUAAUGAAGAGCAAGAUGCAGAUAGCUUUAGCAUUUAUAUCUUGCGUCACCCUUCUCUUGAGGAGCAAUUCAUUGUAAAGUCAAAAUACUUUUAGGGAAAGAGAGAAUAGAGACUGUUAAAUUAAAAGAAUAACCAUAACGUAUAACACUGAAGUCUUUUUAACAAUUUUAGAUUGUUUUUAUUUGUUUUUGUUUAUUUUAUCUAUUUAUUUUCUCAGUAAGUGCUGUAUUGCAUGGUCAACUGUCUCUCAGAAAAGGGUAUUAGAUCCCUUUAUAGAUGGCCUUGAACCACUAUGUGGGCACUGGGAAUUGAACUCAGGACCUCUGGAAUAACAGCUGGUACUCUUAACCAUUGAACCAUCUCUCCAGCCUCACAAAUUUAUAUUUUAAAAACUAGCAGUUUGGCAAAAAAAAAAUGGUUGAAGUUAUUAUAGACAAGAAGGGCAUGCUUGUGAAGAAAUUAGGGCCAUUAUAAAAGUAACCAAUGGGGUUGGGGAUUUAGCUCAGUGGUAGAGCGCUUGCCUAGGAAGCGCAAGGCCCUGGGUUCGGUCCCCAGCUCCGAAAAAAAGAACCAAAAAAAAAAAAAAAGUAACCAAUGAAUUUGCAUUCAGGCAAUAAAAAUGAUACCUUGAGGGCACCUUAAGUAUCACACAUUAGGGCCCACAUAGAGCAGGAUCCUGGGUAUCAAACAGAAAAGGUACUGAGCAGAGAUAUCUGGUGGACCCUGCUUUUCUCAAGGUUUAGUCACCCAAGCACUCAGAGGAAACUCCAGUCAAGGUCCAAAAGAAGAUUGGCAGACUAUCAUAUCAUCCAUAUAAUGCUUGUUUUUGCCAGCAAACAAAAUUCGUAAGAUAGGUUAUGGAGAAUUAUACCUCUAUGUCAGAGAAACGUCUGGAGUUCAGGCAGCAAGUGACAGAGUCAGGAUCACACAGGUAAUCCCCAAAAGAAGAUGAAUAUGAAGCCUUAGCUGAAAUGGAGCCUUGGUUCUCACUAAACUCACACACCCUUAUUUCCUUAAGGCAGGGUCUUUCACUGAACCUUGAGCUAAGUUACAAAACACCAAACUAUUUUCCUAAGCACCCCCAGCACUGUGGUUACAGAUGUGCAGCCACACCUAGUUUUCUCCAAUGGCACUGGAGAUUUGAACUCAGUUCCUCAUGCUUAUGUAGCCACUAAGCCUUCUCAGCCCCUAACAAAAAUUUCUCAGUGAAGUUCUUUUUAUCUUUCCUCUGGUGUUUUUAAAUGGUGGCAUCAUAUGGAAACUAUUUCAUAAUUCAAAGUCACAAAUACUUGUUUCUAUAACUUUUGUAAGAGUUUUAUUAUCAUCCUCUAACAAUUCAACUUAUGGUUGUGGUGACAGGGUCUACUGUGACUUAGUUUUUCUCAGAGCUGAUUAAACAAAGUCCUCUACUGAAGAUGGAGAAGGAGAAGAGGUGUGAUGUACUGAGGAGAGGAGAGGAGAUGAGAAGAGGAAAGUGGGGGGUUUUAGGAGGAUGGAAAUAGAAUGGAUCAGAGAAAUUGUGCGUAACUUGUCUAUGAACUGUAUCAAAGUCUGGACAUAAUCCCAAAUCAUAAGCUUUAAAAGGAGAUCGGUGAGAAUAGUUAUGGUCCCCACACUUCAGGUGAUUUGCCUGAUAGCAGUGUGAGACAAGCAUUGGGCAGGUUCCCUCAGGACUAGUUAUUUGUCUAUGAAAUAAACUAUGAAACAAAGAAAAUAAGGAUAACAUUCUUGGGAAGACCUAGAAACUACAGCAUGAGAAGAGUAACUGUCUAUAGAAGGAUAAACUUAGGUCCUACUGGGUCUGAGAUGGUUAGUAGUGAAAAUAGUGUUUAUUGCUUCCUGUGGUGGCCUCAAGGUGGAGAGGGAGGCCAACAGUGGGUGAGGGUGCUUGCUCCACACACAUGAGGGCUUGAACUUGAAUCUUCAGCACCCAUGAAAACACAAAGCAUGACUAUAAGCCCUGGUAACCAUAGGGGAAUGGAGAUAGGCAGCUCUCAGUGAGGCCCAGGUGAGUUAGCCUAACUGAAACACUAGCAUUUUGGUUCAGGGAGAGACCGUAUCAAGACCAUAUCCAAUGUCCUGCUCUGGUUCUGUAUGCAUAUGCAACACUCACAUGCACCACCCACAUACAUCAUGCACACACCACACACAUUUAAAAAAAGUGAAGAAAGACAAAGCUGUAGCUGGUGGAUGGGGAACAAGAGAGUAAACAGGUUAACAGCUCUAUUCACUGAGAAUGUAGAAGCAAAUAUUUAGCUGUAACAAGAGUGUUCCAGUAUUUCACUCUUGGCUCUCCAAACAUUAUUGCCUGCAAAAACGCUCCUAGACACCCUCACCCACUUUGUUUUUUCUUUCUUUUUUCCUUUUUUUUGCCAUGCUUUUUAUAAAAGAAAAGUUUACUGAUUGAUAGUUUUGAGAUGGGAUAUGGCUUUUCUAACUCAGUGCUCAGAUCUGAGAGGCCUCCCAUCUUUAAGAUUUUCCUGAAAGGUCUAGUUAACCUUCUAAGGGACAGCUAUCAAAGAUAGUUAAAGUGGCUGAAUUCGUAAGUGAUAAGCAUGCACUAUGUUUGUAACAGGGCAGAUUCAGGAUCUCCCAAAAGAAGACAGGAAAGAAAGGAAGGUGGGAAUAAGACACAAAAGGAGGAAAAAAUCAAGAGCUAAAAGAGCAAGUUUGUUCACUGGUGAAUGUAACUAGCUCACUGGGUUUUAUUUUGUUCCUUGGGAAAUGUCGCGGAGCAACUUAUUGGUUACUUCUGCAUUUUGUGACCAACGAACCCAACAUAAACAAUUUAAGGGGAGAGGACAGACCCUACCUGGAUUUUUCUUUUCAGAGGUGGAACAGAGAAGCAUUUUCCUUGAUCUACUGCAUACUUUUCACGAUAUUCAGGUUGACAGAAAGAUCAACGAUCACUGGUCCUUUUGUGAGUUUGACAUCCAAAUGUAACACUGGGAUCUGAUAAUGCCAUUUAUUCACUAUAAAAUUAUAACCAUUUAGUAUCCAUUUUUAUUAGAAAACUUCAUCAGUUGUUUGAAUCAAAUGAAGAGGGGAUUUGUCAACACAUAGUAUAUAAAAUAGUGAGAUUGUGGUUUCAAAGCAAGUACAUAAGUAUGUGAAUAUUCCAUGUUAUUGAUAUAUGUAUAUUUAUAAAAGAUAUGUAUGUGUGUGUUUGUAUAGAUACAGGCCACAUAUCUUUCAUACAUACUUACUUGUAUUUAUUUUGCCCCAGGUAAAGAAUUUGUGGAACCCUACUGUUCUUUUCUCUCUCAGAUAUCAUGAAAUUUAGACUCUCAAGUGAUUAUUUUAUGAAAGUGUUUUGUGUACAUUUGUGGACAAAAGGGGGGGGGGGAGCACAAAUGCACACACACUUGUCUUUAGUGCUAAUAUGAGCUUUAUAAUGAGGAUGAUAUAGGUAAAGGAUCAUAUAUUUCUGAGUUUGGAACAUAAUGUUUGUUAUGUAUUUAUAGUAUAUUUCAUAGUUUGUCUAAUAUUUAUGAACAUAACUCUGAGAGAAUUUACAAUGAGUUAAUUUCUUUGAAAUAUCAAGAGAUAUAGGGGCCGUAUUAUGGUUAUUGGAGCUGUAUCUUUGUAUAGUAAAAUUAGUAUUUCUCUGUCAACACCCAGAUUGUUUAUCUGUUGAUAUGGUAGCAGGAAUCUCUAAUAAAAUACUCUGGGCAAA